ACCCUAAACGCGUGAAAAGGAAAAAAGAAGCAGAAGUGCAGAACCCAGCAGAAGAGGUUCUCUCCUCCGCGCCGUCCUCUCCUCCGUAACCCAGCGCCGUCCUCUCCUCCGUCGUGCACUCCUGCGCUUUCCUCUCCACCGCCGGCCACCACCGCAGUAGGAUGGGAAAGAACAACAAAUUGAAGAAGGAGAAUGGUGGGAGUGAACACUGCCCCCUAACUGUUUUUGUGUCCAACUUCCCAUACUCCUUUUCCAACUCUCAGCUUGAAGAGACGUUCAGUGAGGUUGGACCUGUCAGGCGUUGCUUCAUGGUCGCACAGAAGGGGUCUGACCAGCAUCGCGGUUUUGGUUAUGUCCAAUUUGCUGUUGAGGAAGAUGCUAAUCGUGCUAUUGAGCUGAAAAAUGGUUCAACUGUUGAAGGCCGAAAAAUUGUGGUGAAGCAUGCAAUGCCUCGUCCUACCCGUGGAGAACGACAAUCAAAACCUAAUCAAGUGGGCAACAUAGAUGAUCUAACAGAUUCAAAAAAGGAUGAUAAAGACAGCAAAUUAUCUGGAGCAGAGAAGCCUGUUUCGGUUUUGAAGGAAGAAGACGUACAAGUUUCCAGUAAACAAAAAAUCUCAAGGAAUCCUUUGGAGAAGAAAAAGGCAUCUCUUUGUAAUGAUGUAGCAGAUGAGGGGGGUUGCUCAAAAACGCAGAGGGUUGCCAGAACUGUUGUCUUUGGUAGUCUCAUAAAUUCUGUUAUGGCUGAAGAUGUUCAUCGACAAGCCAGAGAAAUUGGCACUGUGUGUUCUAUUAAAUAUCCCCUCUCAAUGAAAGAUCUUGAGCAACACGGUCUGCUGCAAGAUGGCUGUAUUUUGGAUGCUUCAGCUGUACUUUAUACAAGUGUAAAAGCAGCCCGAGCUUCUGUUGCCAAAUUACAUAAAAGAGAGAUAGGAGGGGGAACUGUUUGGGCUCGCCAACUGGGUGGAGAGGGCUCCAAGACUCAGAAAUGGAAGCUUAUUGUCAGAAACCUUCCUUUUAAGGCCAAAGAAAAUGAAAUAAGAGAUAUGUUUUCAUCUGCAGGGUAUGUGUGGGAUGUAUUUAUUCCACACAAUUCAGACACAGGCCUCUCUAAGGGUUUUGCAUUUGUAAAAUUUACCUCCAAGCAAGAUGCAGAGAAUGCUAUUCAAAAGCUCAAUGGAUCAAAGUUUGGCAAACGCCUUGUAGCUGUUGAUUGGGCUGUUCCAAAAAAGAUAUUUAGAAAUGGAACAAAUGACACUCUUGCUCAUGAGGAAGGACAAGAAAAGGUGAGAGAUGAAGAUAAUAGUACUACUGAGGAUGAUGACGAGCCCAUUGACAAACGGUCUACUCAUGAAGAUGAUAGUGAUGUAGAUGACUCUAGUGCCAUGAAGGAAGAAAGUGUUCCUUCUGAAGAUAAUUUUGAUAAGGAAGCAGAUAUUGCAAGAAAGGUUCUUAAUAACUUGAUUACAUCCUCCACCAAAGGAACAGCUGUAAACAAUGGUUCUAAAGAAAAAAAGGAGCCAAAAUCCAAUGAAAAUGUUAAGGAUGCUGAUAGUAAAGCAUCUAAUGAGUCUGAAAAGGUUUCAGAUGUUUCUAAGCCUGAAGUUUCCACCCGAACUAAGUUACCAAAUCCAAAGGUAACUGAAGAUGAUUUGCAGAGAACAGUUUUUAUAAGUAAUCUUCCCUUUGAAUGUGAGAAUGAAGAAGUGAAGCAACGGUUUUCUGCCUUUGGGGAAGUAGAAUACUUUGUUCCUGUUCUCCACCAAGUUACCAAACGACCAAGAGGGACUGGUUUUCUUAAGUUUAAAACCGUCGAAGCAGCUAAUAGUGCAAUUUCAACUGCGAGUGCUGCGUCUGGACUGGGUAUUUUAUUGAAGGGGAGACCAUUAAAAGUUUUGAAGACUUUGGACAAGAAAUCAGCUCAUGACAAGGAACUGGAGAAAGCAGAAAAAGAGGUUCAUGACCACCGUAAUCUUUACUUGGCACAGGAAGGACUUAUUCUUGAGGGAACUCCAGCUGCUGAAGGGGUUUCAGCCAGUGAUAUGUUAAAACGAAAAGAGUUGGAAAGGAAAAAGAAGACAAAGCUUCAAUCUCCAAAUUUUCAUGUUUCAAAAACUAGACUUAUUAUCUACAACUUGCCGAAGUCGAUGAAUGAAAAAGAACUAAAGAAGCUUUGCAUGGAUGCAGUCAUCGUUGGAGCUGAAAAGCAAAAACCUUUAAUUCGGCAGAUAAAGUUUUUGAAAGAUGAAAAGAAAAGGGCUACUCAAGAACGCUAUUCACGUGGAGUUGCCUUUGUUGAAUUUUCAGAGCAUCAGCAUGCCGUUGUGGCUUUGAGAGUUCUUAACAACAAUCCUGAAAUUUUUGGUCCUGAGCAUCGACCAAUCGUGGAAUUUGCUCUUGAUAAUGUUCAAACACUGAAACUUCGGAAGGGAAAGCUACAAUCUCAGGAGCCAGCUCGUCAUCAUCACAACGAUGGCAAGGAAAAUGAGAAACCCAGUGCAACAGAAGUUCAUACACAAGUGAGGGACAGAAAACGAAAAUCUCAAGAGAAUGACAAACCAGAAAAAGACUCAGUGGUGAAAACUGAUGGUGAAUUAAGUGGGAAAGUGGCAAAUGGAAAAUCCUCUCAAGGACGCAAAUCCAAAAGACAGAAAGACAACCAUAAGAAUAAAAAUGCCGAAGUGUCAUCGCCGAAAGAAAAGCCAGAAGCCUUGCCCAUGGAGUCAAAGAAUAACCAAGAUGAUCAAACAAAAUCAGGAAACAAGGGUGAUGUUGGAUUUAGAAAGAGGAAGGUGCAAAACCAAGAAGAACAAGAAGCAGGGCAAAAGGUUUCUAGGAAACGGGCAAAGAAGAAGAAAGAUUCAGGGGAGGAGGUAGUAGAUAAGCUUGACAUGCUUAUAGAACAAUAUAGAAACAAGUUCUCACAAAAAUCCCCAGGGAAUGGUGGUGAGAAAAAGCCUACUAAGCCGCUUAGAAAAUGGUUCCAAAUAUAGUUGACUAUUUGUUUGCUAUGAAUUUUGUCACUUAUGUUCGUGUCUUUUCUUACUACCUCGAAAAGUUGAGGCAAUGCAGCUUUUGUUGGACCUUA